AUGGCUGUAGCUUUAUUUUGGGUUGGUAGUGCCAUACCAAGCCCAGAGGUUUCCAAUUGUUCUGGAUUCCUGGACUCUAUCAGGGUUUUGGAUACAACAAAGUUUGGCAAUUCUAGAGAUCGGAGUUCGAAUUUUAAGGUUGGAGAGAAAACGGGUAGGAAACAGAAAUGGAAGUCCUGUUCUAUCAAUACAGAUUUGGGGUAUUUAGGUGGUAGUAGUAAUGGAAGCAAAUUGCCUGUAAUAUCAAGCAUGGUAGCAAGCCAUGCUGGAGAAAUGGCUGUGUCGUCAUCCGAGCAGAUGGUUUAUAAUGUGGUGAUUAAGCAGGCAGCUUUGGUUAAGAAAGAACUGAAGUCUAGAGGUGAUCUUGAUGUGAAACCAGAUGUUGUUCUUCCAGGGACCUUGAGCUUGUUGACUGAAGCUUAUGAUAGGUGUGGAGAAGUUUGUGCAGAGUAUGCCAAGACAUUUUACUUGGGAACUCUGCUCAUGACCCCGGAAAGGCGAAGAGCUAUUUGGGCGAUAUAUGUUUGGUGUAGGAGGACUGAUGAGCUUGUUGAUGGGCCUAAUGCUUCCCACAUUACACCGGCAGCUUUAGGCAGAUGGGAGGCAAGGUUGGAAGAUCUUUUCGAAGGACGUCCAUUUGAUAUGAUGGAUGCUGCUCUAGCAGACACAGUUGCUAAAUUUCCUGUUGACAUUCAGCCAUUCAAAGAUAUGAUUGAAGGAAUGAGGAUGGACCUAAGCAAAUCAAGAUACCAAAACUUUGAUGAGCUCUAUCUUUACUGUUAUUAUGUUGCCGGGACUGUUGGACUAAUGAGUGUUCCAAUCAUGGGCAUUGCACCUGAAUCUCAGGCAUCAACCGAGAGUGUUUAUAAUGCUGCCUUGGCAUUGGGGAUAGCUAAUCAGCUCACUAACAUACUCAGGGAUGUUGGAGAAGAUGCAAGAAGAGGAAGGGUUUAUCUACCACAAGAUGAGCUGGCACAGGCAGGGCUUUCCGAUGAUGACGUCUUUGCUGCUAAGGUGACAGAUAAGUGGCGAAACUUUAUGAAGAAUCAAAUUAAGAGGGCAAGGAUGUUCUUUGAUGAGGCAGAGAAAGGAGUUCCAGAACUGAGUGCUGCUAGUCGAUGGCCGGUUUCGGCAUCCUUGAUGCUAUAUCGGCAAAUACUAGACGAGAUAGAGGCUAACGAUUACAACAACUUCACGAAGAGGGCGUAUGUGAGCAAAGCCAAGAAGAUAGUUACUUUGCCAUUUGCAUAUGCAAAAUCUUUCAUCAGUCCAUCGCCGGUGCCAUCUCCUUUUGCAAAAACAUAA